CAUGAAGCUCCCAUAAUAGGAAGGCGAUGUACUGAUGGCGCUUCGACGCCUACCACCACUAUCUCAUGCUCAGCUGCCAUUAGUAGCACUUUCGUUAUGGCACCCAAACGACGAAUAGUCGUUCUAAUCUCCGGCUCAGGUACAAAUCUGCAAGCUCUCAUCGACGCUCAGAACACCCCGGCCCUCCCAAACGUGGAAAUCUGUCUCGUCUUAUCGAACCGAAAAGCGGCAUAUGGUCUCACCAGAGCAGCACAAGCCAACCCACCCAUACGAACGGCAUAUCUGGCUCUCCAAACCUUCCUCAAGACUAACCCAGGCAAGACACGGACCGACUACGACAUCGAAAUCGCAAAAAUCGUCCUUCAAGAAAAGCCUGACCUCGUUGUGUUAGCAGGGUGGAUGCACGUUCUCGGGGAAGGGUUUUUGGACUUGGUGUAUACGGACGAGAGGUCGAUUCCGGUGAUCAACCUCCAUCCUGCGCUUCCUGGAGAAUUCGACGGCGCCAAUGCUAUUGAGAGAGCGUAUGAGGCGUUUCAAAAGGGAGAGAUUGCUCGUUCUGGGGCUAUGGUGCAUCGGAUAGUCAAGCAGGUCGAUCGGGGAGAGCCAAUUGUCGUCCGGGAGAUACCUUUUGAGGAGGGUGAGGCGAUAGAGACGUAUGAGGAGCGACUGCACAGGGUCGAGUGGGAGAUCAUCGUGAUGGGCGCGAAGAUGGUUCUGGAUGAAGUAGAAGCAACUUAACGUUAUCAAUGUAUACAAUAUUAUACAAAAUCUGUAUGAAACGCCUCGUAGCCGACCGUCUCGGCCAUAUAGACGAAAGGUCGUACUUGAGCC